UCCUCGGCUGAGGCUGAAGCACUCGGCCAUGGCGGCUCUCUGGAUGCUCGUUUUCCUGGCGUUUGGCAUUCCAGGCACUCAUCUCUCAAACUGCUCAUAUUAUGGUCUGCUGAACUAUUUGAACCUUACAACGUCCAGUCAAGUUCUCCAGAUCAUGAGACCCGUGCACAGCUGGAACCAAACCUCAAAAGUCUCCUUAGACAUGGUGAUGUAUGGCAUCAUGGAUGUGGAUGAGAAGUUUCAGACGGUCACCAGCCAAAUCUGGAUAGAAACCCGCUGGAAAAAUGAAUUCCUGACCUGGAAUCCUUCGGACUUCUGCGGGAUCGACAAACUGACGAUCCUAAAGUCACUCGUCUGGGUCCCAGAUGUGAGCAUUGACGAAGAGUAA